AUGCCCCUCCGACCUUUUGCAGAUCUGAAGGAGCUCUCCAACGCCGGUUGGAACGUGGAGUCGGAGAACAGAACCACCGACGAUGGCCGCACCCACGUUAAAACCGUCCAGGCGAACAUCGAGGGCAAGUAUGACGUCGAAGGCGGAAAGGGCCAGUUCGCAGCGAUCGACCACCACAAACAAGCUGUCACCGAAUUCGACGAUGGCAACACCAGCCUAAAGAGAAACGAGAGCUCGUCCAACACCGCCGCACACGAGCAGGUCGUUCGUCAGACCGAUGACGGCUCCCUCUUCUCGUCUACUACCAGCUCGUCUACCAAAACCUCCAAGUUCCAGGAAAUGUCCUCCACCAUCAAUGACACCAUACCAUUAACCACUGACGACUAUGACCUAACACGACAAUCUUACGAUAAUAAGCGUAACGAAGAAAUGACAACCAGCAAGAUUACUAAUACUAAUGACUACGAACAGAGUUUGAGAAGUAAUUCUGAGCAAGGUGAACUAGUUUCCCGCAAGGUUGAAUAUCCGGAUGACAAUACUAAAGUUAUAGUGGAAACCAGAUGUCUCCCCGAUGGUACCAGGGUAACCAGCACUCGUCGUGAAUUCCGAGUACCAGCGGCGCAGAGUAGCCGUUCAGAACAUUAUUCACAACAGUCCAAAAGCGAGAGCAAAUCUUCCUCUUACUCAUCAUCAAAACUACGUUCGGAUUUCAAGGAUACUUCGACUAAAAUAAUUCGUGAUACAUUUGAUGAUCGCACAGAUGGUAUUGUUGAUCAUCAAAGAAAUAUAGAUGAUAAUGAUUUUAAGAAAAAUCAUGAUUUUGAGCGUACGAUGAAGGAAAAGGAUGAUUAUGAGCAAACUUAUCAACAGCGUAUUAACAAGAAGCGAUAUGAAAGCAAGGUUGAUGACAAACAGAGCUACGUGACGAAGAUUGAUGACAAGCAUACUUAUGAGAUCAAGAUUGACGACAAACAGAAAUAUGAAAGCAAAGUUGACGAAGCUGAUCGGCGUGAAGUUAUAUCGAAGGAAAAUGACCAGCGCAUUGUACGCCAUGAUAUCAAAGAUGAUACUCAAUACAAAAAAGAAAAUAGAGAAGUUAUUCAUCAUGUCAAAAAUGAAAAGCAAACGGAAGAAGUUGUCGAGCGUAAAAUGAGCACAGACAGAUUCCAGACAACUUACCAGUCUGACUAUACUCAAAAGAAGAUCAGCUCAGAUUGGAGUCCUUCACAUCAAGCUUGGGCAAGCACUCUGAGAUCAGAUACACCAACACGUCCAUCUACUAGAGCUUCUUCUCCAGGAAGUAGAACAUUUGUGUCAAGUAAUUCGUCCUUGAGAAGUAGUGUAAGCCCCGAUAAGACCUACAGAAAACCAUCCAGCCGUGGUGGAAGCCCCACAAAAACUGAUAGAUAUUCCCCAAGCCGCAGUACAACUGAAAAAUAUUCAAGUAUUGACUCAACGCAUACUACAACAGAAAAUACUACCACCAAACAAUCUAACAAUAAACAUCAUGGUCAGUCUCCAACCAGAUCCUACAGUCCUGAAAAGAAAAUGUCAAAAGAGCAUUAUACAAGACCAAGUGUUAGCCCUGAAAGGAAAAUAACUAACAAAUCGCCGAUUUACCGUGGUAGCCCUGAACGAAAAAAUGAACCUAAGCCUACCAUCCCCGAUAGCUACCCGGGAGCUAGGUCUUCUACACAACCCACAGAGAGAAAUGACAUUGUUAAGAGACCCAGUAUUAGUCCUCAUAGUAAACCAAGCUAUCCACAUGAUGAAACUGAAUAUCCUGAAAAUAUUUCUCCCGAUCGAUCAAAUGGUACCAGACCCUCACCACGACAAAGUCCAAGCCCAAAUAGAAAAUCUACCUAUGAAAGACCUCAAAAGACACCAUUGCCAAAUAAAAGUAAUCUACCAAGAAAAAGUUCUUUAAAAAAACCCACAGGUGACAAAAUACAAGUAUCACCAACAGAGCAGCCUCCGUCGAAUUUCCAAGUCUCUCCAAAAUCCGAUAAGAAAGAUCUGCCUCAACGUGAAAUUGAUAACAAUUAUCCCAAUAAAACAGAAAAUACUACUGUUAAACCCAAACCACCACUUGAAAGACGAGAAACUUACGAAGAACGUUGUCGUAAGAUAUUAGGCAUGAUGGAAGACGCUUCAUCUGAAUCGAAAAUUCAAGAAACCUCAAAACAAUCUACUGAAAAACCAGAUUCUUAUCUUACCUCACCAAGUGUGUCUCCUUGUCACAGUCCAGAGCCAAAAGAAAAUAUAUUAUUAAGUGAUACCAAAUAUUUUGGGAAAACUACUGAAGAGAAACUCACUGCUUCUGAAUUUAUAAAAAAAGAACAAGAUUCAAUUCAAAUCACAAAUAUUAUCAAAAACCAAUCCGAUAUCCUUGAAGAUUCAAACAAAAAAAUACCUAAAAGUUCAACCAAAGAUGAAAUGUUAAAAGAUAGUGAAUUUGUUAAAAAAGAUACGGAUGGAAAAGAAGAGGAGGCAGAUAGAAUAGAUCGAUUAAAAACUUCAAAAAAAUGUACGCAUCGUGACGCUUCUGUCAAUAAUGAAACAAAAAUAAAGUCACCUUCCUCUAGAGAUACCUCGCCGACCAAGAAGAUUGAUAAGGAUAAACCUCAAAAGAUAUCUUCUAGAGAUACAUCACCCACGAAAAAGUAUGGCACUGAUAAAUUACCCCUUAGGGAUACUUCUCCAACAAAGAAGUUAGAUGCGGAAAAAACACAUAAAGCUACUACAAAAGACACUGUUCCUACUAAAAAGUUUGACACAGACAGACCUCAAAAAAACCCUCCAAGAGAUACUUCACCCAGCAAGAAAUUUACUAUGGAUAAACCAAAAAAUCCAUCGCCAAGGGAUGCUUCGUCUACAAAGAAAUUGGAUACGAAAGAGAAAACAUCCAGAGACAAUUCACCGACUAAAAUCCGCAAUGUAAUUUCAUGCACAGAGCACGCAAUUGAAACAAAAUCUGAAGAAAAAUCAACAACUAAAACUUUUGAAAGCGACACCUAUAAUAAAACUGUUACGACUGAGUAUCCGUUGCCUUCUGAGAGAGAAAAAAGUCUUGAAAAAACACUUAAACCUGAAGAGUUAGGUCCGAAAUUAGAAUAUAGUAAGAUCCCGUCAACAAAAACACCAGAUCGUCCAGAGAUCAGAUCUCACCAUCCUACGUAUUCAUCCACAAGACACACGCCAAAAAUGCCAAAUAAACAAGAUAUUAAAUCAGAUCGUAAACCUGAUAACAAACUAGUAGGCCCCCAUUCACCUACAGCUUCCGCUAAAAUAUCCGUUGAAAAGCAACCUAAAGAAGCCAUCUCAAGUAAACACGAUAGACCUCAAAGCCCAAAUAAGAAGACCACUUCACAAUCUCCUAUUCGCAAGGUUGCUAAUGAUCAUUCUAAGCCAACACAAACCAAGGAACCAGAAUCUGUACUAUAUGCUACUACUACUAAAGCUACUUCUAAUGUUGAUGAAACGUCUAAUUACUCUUCUGAAUUUAUUUCCUCAGAGAGAGAAAAGGAAGUUUUAGAUAGGGUUCAGAAAUCAUUAAGAAAGUUGUCUCCGGAGCGAAAAGAAAGCACACCAAGUAGGGAAAAAAGUCCCGUGAAGACUACUACUUGCUUACGCGACAUUGAUAUUGUCACAGAUUACGCUGAGGCCAGUGAAAUAGUUGAAGUUGAUCAAAUUGCAGAAAGUAUACAAAAGCGUGUUAUAACAACUAAAGAUGAUAUAAUUCAUACGGAAAAAUCAAAAACCGAGAAAUCAAAAGAUCAAAAGGUGCCUAGCAAACCCACAUCGAGAAACGUCUCUCCAACUAAAAAAGCUCCAAAUGUGUCUAAAACUACUGAAACUACUGAAACCGUGACUAAGCCAAGGAGCACGUCCCCUAAGAAACCCUUAAGCUCCACCGAGAGGCCAAAAUCUCCACAAAUACAAAAGACUACUGGAAUAAAGUCAAAAGAACAUGUACCGUCUCAGUUAACACGAAAGCCUUCACCUACUAAGUUUGAUAAAACCAUAACCAGCGAGAUUAAGAAAACCGGCGUAACAAAGCAAAAUAGUUUUACUAAGACAUCAACGACAAAAACUUCGGUCACUAAAGUAAGUCAAAAUAAUAUUAUCAGUAGAACAUCUGAUUCAGAGGUGAAAAGAACGACUACACCCAAAGCACCUAACAAAGACAUCGCUAUGAAAAAAGAAACUGAUGUUAAAGUUGCUCGCACAAGUAGUGAUAUAACACUCAAGUCUAAAAAACCUGUCUCUCCACAGAAAGUUAAAUCUAAGCCUGAAAUACACGUAAAUGAUAUGUCUACAUUAAAAACCAAUAAAUCGAACACAUCUAGAUCGCAUAAAUUAGCAACGAAAGAAGCUCAAUCUAAACUACCGAGCAAACCUAAAUCCGCUACUGCAUUAAAUACGUCUCUUGAUGAUGAUGAUGUCCUUAUUGAUGUUCAACAAGCAAAGUCUUCUAGAGAAAAUUCUCCGGAUCGCAUCUGCCCCACUCCAAUAAACUUCUCGGAGGAUAUUGGCACUCCAAGAUUCCCCGACGAAGUUAAUGAACCUGAUGAUGAAUUAACCAAAAGACGACACACUAUUAUUCAUGAAACAGAGUCUAUUGUUGAUGACAUAGUGGAAAUUUGUGAAGAUGACGAGCUAUUUGUAAAAAGAAAUGAAGAGGACCAUCUAACAGAGUCUGACGAAUGCCUUUUGACUGUGAAUGACAAGGUUUCCAAAUUCACUAGUAAAAUACACACGAUAAAUAAACCGAAAGAAACUACAACGCGAUUUAAAGAAACAGAAAGGAGACUACAUUCUGACUAUAUUGACGAAAAUCUUAAAACAGAUGAAUGCUUGCUUUCAGUAUCUGAAAAAGUAAACAAAUUCGCAAAAGGACCAAGGGACACAAAAGACAACAGAAGCCCAUCACGUAAUAUUAAAGAUGAAUAUGACAGAGACACGGUAUAUCAAGAUAACUACACAAAACUUAGCGUUAACGAUAAGGCUCAUCUAUUUGUUGAAACAGCAGAAAAUAUAAAAGUUGGCAAGCCUAAAGUGAAUCAAAAAGCAGAACGUCCGGAUUUUAGUGACGUUGAUGAAUCUUUGAAAAGUGACGACUGUUUACUUAGCGUUUCAGAUAAAGUUAAUAAAUUUGUUAAAACGGCUGAACAAUUUCUAAGCGAAUCCUAUGAGGUAGAGGAAAAAGAAAAGAAAAUUAAGGAACAACAUGAUAAAAUUAUGAGAAAAAUUAUCGAUAAUAUUGACUAUGAUUCAGAAGACGAAAGCAGAGACAUAGAAACUCGUGAUGAAAUAACAAAAGAAUCAAGAGCUCAUGAUGAAAUGUUAAACAAGAAAACGCCAUCAUCUCAAAAUAAACCAAACGAUAAUUUAGUUCCAAAUAACGAACCCACUGAAAAGACACCCUCUAAAAUCACAUCUUUACGUAGUAGUGAAGCUGUUAAAAAGGCAAAAGCCCUCUUUGAAAACAUUGCAUCUAAUAAACAAAACAGUAAAGAAACAGUUUAUACAAAAGUAUCAAAAACAACGGAUAGUAAGAAAAUUACCAAACCAGAUUCAGGAACUUUAAAGAAACCUUUCGAUGAUGUAAAUGAGAAAACGCCUAACAUUAAUGAUCAAGAUAAGAUUAAAACAAUUCCUCGUGAAGUGUCCACUGUUGAAAGCCAAAAUAAUCUUCAUCAAUCUAAACGUGACCACGAAGAAAAACAGCGGCAAAGUCCUGCGCGACUUAAGGCUCUAUCCCCUGUUCCAGCAAGGAAGAAUUCCCCAGGACGGCACUUGAUAGAAGAAAAAACGACUCAUACGACUACCACACAAAUUACGUCAAAAUGCCCAUCAUCGGAUAGGUCUGAAUCACCUCAACAAAAAGUAGUAGAUGAGUUUGCGGAUAAACCGCACGAUAAAAUUCCUGGAUAUCUACGUCCUACGAAAACGAGUCAACUGAAAGAAGAGCCGAAAGUUUCGGAGGAAACAGAAGUCAGUAGCCGACGUGGUAGUGGGAAAUUCGGAGUAGAACUUCGUCGGACGAGUAUUGAAAGAUCGACUAUUAGCAGUGAGCGGCGUCGUAGCAGUGUCGAACAUCAUCAACCUUGUAUUGAAGAUAUUAACGAUCUUGACCUCCUGGAACAAAUGUUGGAAAAGGUCGUCGGUUACGAGCAGAGGCGUCGCAUUAGAGCACAAAUCCGAGUUGCAAGGAAAAAACAAGAAAGUGAACAUAUGACCAUUACCAAAACAACGAAGGAUACUACUAUUAAGAGAACGGUGUCCCCGCAACGACAACCAAGAUCACACACUCCUGAAUACCAAUCAAGAUCCACUCCACAGAAGUCUCCAGAAAGGGAAACGAAACCUUAUGAAAAACUUGAUUCACCCGCUCGACAAUCCACCCCACAGCGAACGAUUUCCCCUGAAUUAGAAUCAAAACAAAAACCUGCCACAAAAAAAUAUGCUUCGCCUGAAAGACAAUCUCCACAUAAAAAGUCUAUCUCACCUGACCGAAUAAAACCAAGAGAACCAGAAAGCAUUCUACUCAAUGGCCACUCUAAGGAACCGUCUAAACUUGUUACUGAUAAAAGACCUCAGAGUCCGGCAAAACUGCAACAAAAAUCAACGCCCAGAAGUCCAAUGCGGCCUUCGAGUCCCGAUAAGAAGACGAGACCAGUUUCUCCUACCAAGUCUGCAGCACCCAAACCUAAAUCCAACCGAUUCAGCGAGUAUGCUUCAGCCUAUAUGAAAAAGAUUGGUCUUAAGUCAGAAGAAGUUAAGAGUUCUUCUCCGAAACCUAAAAAGACACCCAGUCAACAAGUGUCUGAAAAUGUAGUAAAACAACAGCGUGCUGUGGAACAAAUAGACGAGGAGAAUCAGACAAAACAAACAUCAACAUCAAUCGCAAAGAAUGUAUCGGAGCGUACCACAUCUAAAGAUAUAAUCGAAAUUGUGCAAAUUAAUGGGCGUAGAUCUGCCUCACCAGAGAAGAAAAUUAGCCCUGAACGUAGACCUAAAAGUCCAGAAAAAUCUAGAAGUCGAACCCCUGAAUUGGAAAAACCAGUAGAAAAGACACCCAAGAAAAAAGAAACUCAGACAAAAACUGUGAAUGAUAACGAAAAGAAAGUUUCAUCCAAACAGCAAGAAGAGGAGAAACCCUCGUGGGUAACGAACAGAAAUCUGAAAAAGGUAUCAUCCACCGUUCGCACCUACAGCACUAAAAAAAUUGAUAAUGAAAAGCAGAAGUACCGUGCUCCAAGUCCUUCCAAAGUAAUAUCAAAGCCAAUUGACGUGAUUACUUCUAGCUAUGGACCUGGACCUCUGGAUGCUGACGGCAGACCUUUGUUCGGCAUAAAGGCGCUUAAAAAGGGGGCGACAAACUACCAAGUGAAGGGUACGGUGAUCCGCCAAGAAUUUCACUCGAAAAAUGGUGGAGAGCCCGUAGGCACGGUCUCUGUUACUGCAUACUCCACUGAACCUGAAGAUCUGGAGAAACUAUUACAAGAUCAGGGUGAGAGACCUUCGAGGAUCCACGGCCUGGCGGCCAUUACGACGACAAAGAAGUUUGGUGGGGACUCUGGUACCACUUACAGCGAGAUUCAUAACAGAGAGGAGAGAGCUGCGUUGGACCAAUUCACUCACAGUGACCGACGCAUCAGUGAGUCCAGAAUAGAUCGCUCCUCGGAGACGAGGUACGUCGAGGAUCUCCGAGAGAAGAAGCACAGUGUCACCGAGAGGGAAGACAAUAGAAGCUUUGAGCGACGCCACGAAGGGCGUGACCAAGAGAGAGAAAGCGAAUAUACUGUGGAAGUCACAAGAGAAGAAGAGGAAAGGGACAGCACACAAAAACACGACCGAGAGCAAUUCUCAGAAACGUACGUUAUGGAGACCAAGAGAGAGGACAGUCGCAGGCAGCAGGAAUCUUCGGACAGGGAAUACAGAGUAGAAGUCAGAAGGGAGGAGAGAAUUGGACGGGAUCGAGAAACUAGUCACGCCGACAGGAGUGGAGGGAAAAUUCGCGAAGAGAGAGUGGAGAGGAUCCAAACCACUCAGAGAGGAGAAUCAAAGGGUAAAGAGACUGCUAGAACCGAGAAAAGAGUAGAGAACAAGAAGACUGUACUCCGUCAGGGCUCAGUCAAGUCACUCACGGAGAAAUUCAUUAAGAACGCAAGCGACACUGCAAGAAGCGAGCGGGUCACAUACCCGAAGGCCGGUCUCAUCCUGCGCACAGGAGGCGUCAGGGACCCCACCGGCGACUCCACACACGCCGAUCUAUCGCGAACGGACAGCGAGCACAGCCUGGGCUCGUGCGACGACGUGGUGACCACCAGCACCACCACCACGACGCAGGACAUGGGCGACGGCGUCACCACCACCACCACGAGCACGCGCACCAGCCACGGCCACAGGCAGGGGCGCUCGUUCCUCGACAGCAACACCAAGGUCACCGGUGUUCAGGACAUCCUCACCAGAAUGAAGAAUGCCGAUAUCGUGGUCGAGGACAGCGACUGUUGCGAGGACGCGGAGGCGCGCGCGCUUUUGAACAAGUUCCUCGGUGCCAGCGUGCUGAUGGCGGGCAUGCAGGGCUACGUCGACGAGAAGCCCGGCGGGAAGGUGGUCAUCAACCAGGAGACGGUGCAAAGUAGCGGUGGACAGGUGACCAGUAGCACCAAGGUCGAGGAGCUCGACCUAGACCAGUGCUGGGACGAGCGCGUCCUGCGAAACCUCUUGGAGGAGUGCAGCGAUUACGAGCAGAGACGUCGACUGCGCGCGCGCAUUCGCACCCUGAUGGCCGAGCAGGAAGCAUGCACGAGUGCGGUGACGGAGGCGCUCGCAGCGGCGGGAGACGACAGCGAGGCACGCGCGGGGCGGGGGGGGGGUGGCGGGGCGGGCGGCGAGGGGGGCGUGCUGGCGGGGGCCGGCGCCGCCGUGGUGGCGGACGUGAGGCGCGCCCUCGGCCGGUUGCGCGCCGCGCUGGCGCCGCCCUGCCGCCACCCGCAGGCGCAGGCCCUCCUCAGCCUCGCCGAGAGACUGGAGGACGCCCUCGACGCGGCCGACCGCCUCGACGGGUGCCGCCGCCGGCCGCGCCGCCGCAGCCGCGCCGCCCGCCACACUGUCGCCGUCACGCACCGAGACCUCGAGGAGGCGCGCCGGAUCAUCUCCGACCCGCCGUCGCCCCCUCCCCCCGCAGAGCCCGCGCCCCGCGCCGCCGCGGACGAGGCACCCGGUAGGGCGGACGCGCACGUGGCCGUCUCGGCCCGCAGCCGGCCGCCGCCCGCCGCCCACACGGCCACCAUAGACGCGACGCGGCUCAGCCACGUCGAGAGGCGAGCUCCGCCGACGCGGAAACCCGACUUCUUUAGGCAUUCGAUAGCCGACGCCGCUCAGACCGAGCCCGCGCACCGCUGGCCCGAGUCCAGGAGCGGCAUCGCGGCAAUCGCUAACAAGUUUGACUCGAAGGUCGAGAAUAGUCCCCCGCCCCCGCUAAAGAGAGCACCGGUGCGUCGCCCUCCCUUCGCUACCCAGAAAUCGCCAGAGACGGAGGAACCGAAGCGCGCGUCCCUGUACCGCCCCCUCCCUCCGACAUACAAUUUUGCCGCACCGCCUACAGACGAAAUGUCCAAGCCUUUGAAUCGUUUCAACAACAGCAAGCGCGCUCGCAUGAAACGAGCGAACACCAUAGACAUUGGAAAACCCCUGGGGGGUUAUCGGGUGGACAGUUUGGAAGAUGACGAUCGCCGCGCUCCCACCGUGCCGGAGUUCCAAGCAAAGACGGAGAACGAUCGCAAAUUCCUAGCCUUCAUGCAAAAGAAUCAGGAGAAUGAACGCACCCCGGUCGGUGGGCUAGCCAAUUGGAGCAGUAGGUUCGGCAACAUUAAGAACGCGUUUGAGAGCCGUGAGCGCAGCGGGGAGCAGGGCAGGUCCGCCAGCGCCAACUCGGCCAAGAAAAGCUGGGUCUCUGACGAGCAACAUAACACGCGCCCUCGGACAUUCCUCUCGGACAUAACAAAGGACACAAAUAGACCACCGUGGGUGCAGCGCAGGGAACCGCCCACUCCAACCCACGUAUCACAGCCAAGCGUAGUGAAACCGUUCAUUGCGAAGCCAAUUCCGGUCAACCAGUUCUCUCACGCUCCGAUGUCCGCGUUUAAGCCUCUGAAAAAGAUCACCUCGCCCACCUCAGCAGCCCCAAACGUGUGGAGUCCUCCAUCAUCGAACAUCAUAAAGUCACCGACGACGGACAAUAUACACGAAUAUGCAUUUAUGCCAAAAUCUUUCGUCCCUAGUCCCCCCGUUCCUAGAGUUCCAUGGGCAACCGAUAGUGAGAAACCCAGAAAAACUGUCGGUCAAGUCGCGUCCAAGUUCCAAAGCGAUAAGUUGGAGACGUACUCCGCCCCACCGCCCAAACUUUACAGCUACCACCCGCCCACGCCACCGACUCACGCAAUGUCUCCACCGACGCAGAGUUAUCCUAUCAAAGCGAUCCCCAGUCAAAAUGAAUUGUCGGCUCCGGAACUCGUGAAAAAGAUACACGAGACAAAUUCGCAUCGCAGUCCAGCACCAUUUCCGGAGCCAAUAGACGCUCAAAAGUUGCAAAUAGAGUUUUAUGAGCGGCAAAUCCGCGAAAAGAGUCGGCGCGGGUCGAUGACAAAUGGGCACUGCGAACCCGGCGACCGGAAGCCCCCCGCACCACCCGCGCCGCUUCCCACCUACACCAUAGUGGACUACACUCCCCCUAACGUGACGGCCUCGUUCGUCCCACUCCAGCAGACGCCGGACAUAGAGAAAGCGAAAGCUCACAAAGUUGAUUACCUGCCGGACGUGGUGAUGAACGAGGUGAAUAACUAUGAAUACGCGAUGCCCGCGCGCGUCGGCCCGCCGAGCCCGGCCACGAACAAGACCGCACCCGUGUAUCAAAACGGCGCCGCGACCGGCUUGGACCUGGACGAGGGCACCACGGAGCACGGCAGCGUGGAGACGCGCGUGAUGCGCGGCCCGGUGCGCGGCGCCGCCACCAUCACGGCGGGCGUGCGCACGCGCGCCGCGGACGGGCUGCGCGCCGCGCUCGACCGCCUCGCCCCGCCCCCCGCGCCCGCCGCGCCUGCCGCCAAACUGGGCCGCCUCGGCGCCCCGCCCUCGCCCGCCUCGCGCGCCUCGCCCGCCGACGGCGACAGCGUCCGCUCGGCCUCCAGCGGCUCCGGCAGCCGGGGCUCGAGCCCGCGCCCCUCCGCGCGCCGCGUCGUCGGCCGCACUAAGUCCAUGCACCUGCUGGCGGCGCCGAAGCUGUUCGAGGGCGGCAUUGCACGCGAACAGCUGCCCGACAAACGACGCACGGUGGAGGCGUACUUCACGGGGCGGGCGGGCGCGGCGGACCGAAUGGGCGGAAUGGGCGGCAGGGCGCAGGGCGGCUUCGCGCUGGGCCGCAGCCGCACCAUGGGCACGGUGGCCGAGCUGCAGCUGCUGGACGAGAGCAACGCCGACGACGCGUUCGAGGACCUGGUCUCGGCGCUCGCG